AGGUGAUCAAUCCAAGGGUGAUUGAAUUCCAGAUAAUAAAUAUAAGGGUAACCUAGGAUUGUAAGACGACGACAAGCCUACUUCUAAGAUUAAACCGUGAAACUGUCGAACUUUUCUUGACUGACAUUACUACUUACUAUGCAACCUAUCAAGAUCUAUAACGGACCUCACGGCCAAGGUCCUAACCCAUGGAAGCCCAUUAUCAUGGCCGCGGAGCUUGGUUUGCCGUAUGAGAUUGUUUGGAUCCCGUACAGCGAAAUAAAAUCGGAACCGUACACAUCUCUGAACCCUAACGGACGCCUUCCCGCUAUGGUCGAUCCGAACAAGAACGUAACGCUCUGGGAGUCCGGCGCUAUCAUCAACUACCUCAUCGCCACGUACGAUAAGGACCUCAAGCUUACCUACGGAGACGACAGGCUCGAGGAGAAGUGGCUGCUUCAGAGCUGGCUGAUGUUCCAGAUGAGCGGCCAAGGCCCUAUGUUUGGCCAGAAGAUAUGGUUCACACACGUUCACAUAGAACAGAACCUACAGACGGCCAUAGACCGGUACGGCACCGAGUGCAAGCGCAUCCUCGGCGUCAUCAACGACUCACUGCACAAGCAGCGGCAGAAACUAAGGCUAACUGCCGACGAACCGGUGUGGCUCGUCGGCGACAAAUGCACGUACGCGGACCUGUCGUUCGUGCCUUGGAACACCCUCCUCGGCACCAUCUUCCCCAGCGGCGCCCUGGAUCUGGAGAAGGAGUUCCCCGAGUACUUCCGCUGGCACGCGGAUAUGGCAAGACGGCCCGCCACCAAGAAGGUCCUCGAGCUUAGGGAAGAGGGCAUACGCACGAUGAAGGAUACCGGCGAUCAGGUUGUCGAGAGGCAGAAGGACGCUAGGAAAUUACCUGCUUAUGAGAAAUCACUGGGAGUUAAAGACUGAUAGUGGUUUUUCAAGCUUAGAAAAUCGGAACUCUUUUGAAUUGUUAGCUUAAAUUCCUGCGACUAAAUUCUUCGUUAGGUACAGAAGAUACCUCUUGUAAGAUACUGGACAUUCUUGAAACUGUUCGUAUCAACCUUUGAGCCGUUCGGUAGAGAACUACUUUCGAAUCAGACAGCCGGUUUCCUAAUUGAGUAACCUUCGAAGCUGAUCUAACGCUUUUAGGGUUAGGGCAGCGGCACAGUAUAUCGUCGUAGUGUAGCACAUUGUGAAGAAUCUUCGUACUCAACGGUUGCUUUACCGCUUUUUUC